UUUGAAAUCUGAAAUCUGAAUCAAUGGCUGCUUCUCAAGCUCACUCCUCACUUAACUGUGAACUUAGAAUCAUAGAAGCAGAAAACACUGAAUCCAUAUCAACUGGUAAGCUCUUUGUUAGAUGCUUUCUCUGCACAAGAAACAAUGAGAAGAUUCGGCUCAACAGUCGGGAGAUUCCGUCAACGAGUCACCCCUAUUGGAACGAGUCCAUCUCGUUACAGUGUUCAGCAACCAAAGACUGCAUUGAGGAACUCAAGCAACAAAGUGUGAUGUUCGAGCUUAGGUGGAGAAAUACAACACCAAUUCUCGGGAAAAUUGGAAGGUCUAAGGUCUUGGGCAGAGCAGAGAUGCUAUGGAAAGACGUGUUGGAAUCGUCCGAGUUGGGAAUUGAGAGAUGGGUUACCAUGGUGGCCAAGAGAAGUCAUGUUCUUGAAGGCUUUAACUACCCACCUGCACUGCAUGUAGAGAUGAAGGUUCGAGUCCCCGGAACGAUGGAGACGGUGAAAAAGAGGAGGUGGGGCGAGUGUGAGUGUGGGUGCAGACAUGAAAUCUGUAAUGGUGGUGGUGGUGAUGACCUUUUUGCAUUGGCUUCCGCUUUUGAAGCGUUGUAG